GGCACGAUGAUUUUGUCGCCAGGCUCUAAAACAUACAAUCAUCAUAUAACCACACGAUGUAGCCUACUUAGUAAAGAGAACCUACUCUGGACACGAACUUUCCAUCAUAACUCGGCAAGAUGAUUUUCUUGCAAGCUCUAAAACAUUGUAGGUUGUUCUUUCUUGCUCAGUAUUACUUAGGGCGAGGAAGUAGAGAUCGACUCUGUAGUCCUCCCCCCAACAUGUUGCACAUUUUUGUAUUUUCCCGCUGUUCAUCAUCUCAUCCAUCAUUCUUCAUUCUUCACUCGUUAAGGUAGCAUUUAUUACCACGCAACACGUUCAAAAUUGAAAUUUUAUUGACAGUUUCAAUCAUUGGGAUUGCAAAGCUACCAUGGCCCUACCAAAGAGCACAAAAAAACUCUCGGCUAGCAAACACAUCCGAAAGAUGUCGAUGAAAAGCUUCUUGGAAUCUUCUCCGUCUACUCCUGUUCACGGUCCCUUGGUUCGAUCGCCUGUCAGAAUACUCGGGAGCGGGUUAUCGGCUUUGACACUCGCACGCAGUCUACACAAAAAGAAAAUUCCCUUCAAGAUCUUCACAAAAGAUUGCCCACCUGAAGAUAGCCCCAAUCGACAUGAUUAUAGUCUUUCACUUCCAGCGCGGAGCAUCAGGUCCCUAAAGCUACUGCUCAACAUGAGCACAAAAAGUUUCCAAGAUCACCUUUUAGUGCCUAACACCACACCCUUCCCGCGAGGAACAACCAACACGAUAGUGAGAGUCCACCGCGGUAGACUAGAGCGUUGUUUGAGGUCACUAUUCAAGGAUGAUAUUGAGUGGAAUUGUGAGAUUAAGGUCAGAUCAAGCGGACCAUCUCGUUUGGUAUUUCCCCCGCAUGUCGAUGCCUUGGAAGGGAAUAUCACGUUCGACUGUAUGGGCGUUCAUUCUCCGGUACAAUGUCCAGGUAGCUACAAUGUGAUCAGUCCCAUUGUGGUAUUUCGAGGCACUGUCAUCUUGUCAAAGACUUUAUGGGAUCAAAAGUUUCAAGAUUGGUUUCCUCGCAAUACAGCGCACAUCAAUAAGAAAUUCGGCGCAACCAAUUUGGAUCUUAUAAUCAACCAGAUUAGCGAGCAAACCGGCGAAGUGAGCUUAACUUACAUUUAUUCGCGACCUGUUUUAGAUGGUUUAAUGGACACUGAAGACGAACUCUGGAAACCGACACGACCAACUCACGAAGCAGCAUCCCCGGUCUUGAUCGAAAAGUUUCUCGACGAAAUCAAAACCUUCCGACACAAGAAUGUCCUGCCUGGCCCUUAUAACGUGAUUUUUAAUCCCGAAAAGAUGAAAGAAGACCGGAUUUUACAUUGGCUGAUGAGAACCCUUCGGGCGGACCAGCCAGAAGCAAUCAAAUUAUGGGCUAGUGAUGAAAAGAUAAUGAAAUUGGGCGACGCUGUAAUGAGCAUGCCCAUAGUCGAAACCAUUGGUGCCGAGCUUGCUAUCUCCGAUGGAUUAAAAGCAGCUGAGCAGAUUGAGAAAUUUGGGGGGGAGAGGUUGCACUGCUGGUUUAUUGAACGCUGGCAGUGGAAGCUUGCUGUAUCUCAUGAAAGUUACCGCCGUGUGCUUGUAAGGUAUAAAAGAAGUAUGUAGUUGCAUAUGGGUUUACAAUUGUCUCUCAUACCCAGACAACAACUGUUUUUUCAGGUAAUAGGCAAUAAUCGGUUUCAGGUGAGGGACUAUCAUGUAUUAUAUGGCAUCCCUUCCGGCAAUUUCUCAGCCUCAGGGGUAGCGAUAAUUGAUCACAAAACAUAAAUUGAUCACAUUGAGUGUCUGAUACAAGGGGAACCUUUUCGAUAGAUCAAAAAUUCAUUAUAUUGCAUACCUUUCUCAAAUCAUGGGAGAAACAAUGUCGAUCACCAAGCACUCAUCAUAUAAACAGAUUCAUUCUUUAUUACUAUCCAAAAUAUCUACAACCUCUAUCUCCACA